AUGGCUGUAGAUGAUAUGCAAUUAGCCGGGAUGAAUCAGAUGACUGGCAAUCCUCUUGGCCCUCAACGAAUGAGUUUUGCUAUUCAUGAAAUACUGGGCUUACAAGGAAAUCCAUAUCUUGGACAUGGAUAUUGUCCUCAGGGCUUUUUCCCUCAGCAGGGAUUCUCUAUGGACAUCGGUGCUUGUGUACCGUUUGAUCGCUCCAUAUGCAGCGCAUCAUCAGACACAGCUGGAAUAUCAGCUCAAAGUAGCCAGAACUUUGAAAAUAUAUCUGAAUCACCGAGUUCAGGUUCAAAUGGCUCUGUGGGCUAUAGUUUAAACCAAAAUCAUUCGGCGAGUCCAUUGGAUGAUACAGCUCAACCAGCUACCUCCGGAGGGAAGAAUAAAAGAAAAAAACGACGACAUAGAACAAUUUUUACGCAAUACCAAAUAGAUGAGCUCGAGAAGGCAUUUCAAGAAGCUCAUUAUCCUGAUGUUUAUGCCAGAGAAAUGUUGGCCAACAAGACGGAAUUACAAGAAGAUCGAAUUCAGGUUUGGUUUCAAAACAGAAGAGCGAAAUGGAGGAAGACUGAGAAAACGUGGGGCAAGAGUACCAUUAUGGCAGAAUAUGGUCUCUACGGUGCUAUGGUUCGUCAUUCUCUUCCUCUCCCUGAUACAAUCACGAAAUCCGCCGAAUCCACAGAUCCUCAACAGAGUGCAGCACCAUGGCUGUUGGGAAUGCACAAAAAAAGCUUGGAAGCAGCAGCCCACAUGGAUCAAGUAGAUAAGGCAUGUGCUGGCAGUGAUGAGGACUCAGAUGAUGAGACACACAUGAAGAGUUAUAUUCAAAAACAGAUUGCUAACCAAGUGCACAUCGAAGCCGAUGUCUGUAGACAAUUAGGUCGUAAUUCACAAAUUACAAACGGUCAGGCUCAACCACAUCAGCAAUUUUGUCUGCCAAGUAAUCCAAAACAUUACCAAUGA